AUAGACAUUAGAGGGUCCUCACAGGAAUUUUGGGCUUUGGAGUUUGAUACCAUGGAUUGGUCUCUGACAGAUGGUUCACAACAAGGCUCACUGGGUCCAGGUCCCAGACAUAGCCAUUCUGCAGUGUCCUACCAGGACUGCAUGUACCUGUUUGGCGGUUUGCAAGGCUUACGAGAGCAGAGGGACUUGUGGAGGUGGAACUCCACCAAUCACACAUGGAGUUGCCUGAAAAACAAGUCUGGUCCUUCUAGACUGGUUGGACACUCAGCUGUCACCUAUAAGGACAGUAUGUUUGUCUUUGGAGGAGGCGAAAGCCAAAACUUCCCAAAGAACUGCUUAUGGAGGUACAGCUUCCCCACGCAGACCUGGGAGCAGGUUGCUACACUCAGUGGUUUGAGGCCUCCACCAAGAAUUCACCACUGCUGCACUGGGCUCGGCCCCAGUUACAGGCCCAUCACCCCCAGCAGCAGCCUGUGCACCAGCUCAGGACUCGGGCGCAAGCUGUUGGAGGAGAAGUUCAGGCCCUUCAAGAACAAGUGCUUCCCAGCACCACUUAAAUAUCUGGGGUCAGAGUGCAAUAUAGAACUAGAGACCUUCACUCCAGAAAAGCACUAUAGUGGUAGAACACUGACAAAGUUAUCAGGACUGGACCACAUUCAGAAGGCUGUGAUGGAGAAAGGUGGACAGCUGGUCAGAGACUGUUUGACUUUUGAGAACAAAGCCUUCAGAACACAUUGGAGCUGUGCAGACGAAGAAGACCUGUUUGAUGAUGAGCACGGGGAUAUAACCCAGAACCUACCUGACCUGCUGCUGGUACUGGGGGGGCGACCUUGUACUAUGCACACAUCUAUCACCAUAUGGCAGAUGACCUUAACCGACUCCUAACAGCCUGCAAGGAAAUAACUUUACAAACAGUUCUUUAUGUGACAAAUGUUAAAACACACCAGUCUUAUAUUGUCAAGUUUAACAAAGACACACUUCACCCAAGAGCAAUAAGAAACGGUCAAAAGACGGACGAUACGUUCCAUGCAACACCUUCAACAGAAUGUAGAAUGCAUGCUCCUCAUUCAGAUAUAUUUUUUAGGUCAUGAGCGUAGAAUGCAGCAAACAUGCACAAGCUGUUAUGACUAUAUGUACUGUGAAUAUUUUAACUUUAAUUUACAGGGGUUUUGAACUCACAGAAGGUUUUGUUACAGUUUGAAACAGUGUAUUACUUUGUAUUCUGUAAUUAUACAUUUGCACAUUUUGUCAUACUCAAUCCUUAAAAGGCAAAAUUUCAAUUUAAAAAGUUAUAUUAUUAAAUUAUUGAAAAUCUGGAAGUUUAUGAAUUAAAUUAGUCUUUGGUUAUUCAUAAACCGCUAUAAGGUGUACAAGUUAUUAACCUCGGAGUUGCUAUUACGUCAGUACUUGAGGUGAUCUUAUAUCACAUUAUCACAUUAACUUUUAUGCAACUGGAAAACAGCCACAUGGCAGUGUUUUUUUGUUUGGAAACUGACCAUAAGCAGGUCUAGAAUUUGUAUGAAUAAAUAAACUGGAUCUUUGGAUGGACUUGAACAA